GCUCAGUUCUCUUGUGGCCGGUUUGAGAAGGACUGCCACGCCGGAGAGAAAAAGCCAAAAAAUAUAUAUAUUUUGAGCUCGCCUACGCCGUUUUAUUUUUUGUCAUCCCGACAACUGUGUUACGACAUAAUCGGAGUUCACCAAUAUCGCAACAAUGUCGUACUGCGUUCGAAUAAUACGGGCUCAGAAACUCACCAGCCUAGCUGGUGAUAUUCAACAAAGAUGUUUCAGCGUGAGCCCUCUGAGCUUCGCUGCGGCCAAAGUUGCUAUGUCGAAAUUCGAUCAAUCUACAUACCUUCCUUACGACAAAUUGGAGAACAAUUUACAAAUCGUCAAAAAGAGGCUGGGAAGACCUUUGACCCUAUCCGAAAAAGUUUUAUACUCUCACCUGGACGAGCCCAACAAACAAGAAAUCGAACGCGGAACAAGUUACCUCCGACUACGACCUGAUCGUGUGGCUAUGCAAGAUGCCACGGCUCAGAUGGCGAUGCUUCAAUUCAUCAGCUCCGGAUUGCCAAAAGUGGCGGUACCAUCAACGAUUCACUGCGACCAUUUGAUCGAGGCUCAGGUCGAGGGUAAUGCAGAUCUCAAACGAGCCAAAGACACCAACAAGGAGGUUUACAACUUUUUGCAAACUGCCGGAGCUAAAUACGGCGUUGGUUUCUGGAAUCCUGGCUCGGGUAUCAUUCACCAAAUUAUCCUUGAGAAUUACGCAUUUCCGGGACUAUUGAUGAUCGGUACCGAUUCGCACACACCGAACGGCGGAGGGCUCGGUGGGUUGUGCAUCGGCGUUGGCGGUGCUGAUGCUGUUGACGUAAUGGCCAACAUCCCCUGGGAGCUCAAAUGUCCCAAUGUCAUCGGCGUUAAACUUACCGGAAAAUUGAGCGGAUGGACAAGCCCGAAGGAUGUUAUUCUCAAGGUUGCUGGCAUCCUGACAGUCAAAGGAGGAACCGGUGCUAUCGUUGAGUACUUUGGGCCUGGUGUCGACAGCAUCAGCUGCACUGGAAUGGCCACGAUCUGCAACAUGGGUGCUGAAAUCGGCGCUACAACUUCCGUUUUUCCUUACAACGGUCGCAUGCAAGACUACCUUAAAGCGACCGGGCGCGCCGACAUCGCAUCCGCCGCUGACCAAUAUCGCAACAGUCUCUUGACUGCCGAUGCUAAUGCUAAAUACGAUCGGAUUAUCGAGCUUGACCUUUCGACUCUGGAACCUCACGUCAACGGACCGUUCACUCCUGAUCUUGCACAUCCCAUUUCCAAGCUCGGACAAACAGCCAAGACGAGCGGUUGGCCCAACGAAAUUAAGGUCGGUCUCAUCGGAUCCUGCACAAACAGCUCGUACGAGGACAUGGGCAGAUGUGCGAACAUCGCCAAACAGGCUCUCAAGCACGGCCUCAAGUCAAAGUCGGCUUUCAACGUUACACCGGGGUCGGAACAAAUCAGGGCAACAAUCGAACGUGAUGGAAUCGCUGCAACGCUCCGUGACUUUGGUGGCGUCGUUUUGGCGAACGCUUGCGGUCCCUGCAUCGGUCAAUGGGACCGACAGGAUAUUAAAAAGGGUGACAAAAACACAAUCGUUACAUCUUACAACAGAAAUUUCACCGGUCGUAACGACGCGAAUCCGGCGACUCACGCUUUCGUCACGAGUCCUGAGCUCGUGACGGCUUUGUCGAUCGCUGGUCGCUUGGACUUCAAUCCAGUGACUGACAAACUCAAGGGCAGCGACGGCAAGGAAUUCAAGCUGGAUGAUCCCUACGGCGAUGAAUUGCCAUCCCGCGGCUUCGACGCCGGCGCCGAAACUUACGCUCCACCACCCGCUGAUGGCAGCAAGGUCAAGGUUGACGUUGAUCCAAAAUCUCAGAGACUGCAGCUCUUAGCACCCUUCGACAAAUGGGAUGGUAAGGAUCUUACCGAUCUCACGGUCCUCAUCAAGGUCAAAGGCAAAUGUACCACCGACCACAUCUCCGCUGCUGGUCCUUGGCUCAAAUAUCGUGGACAUCUGGACAACAUCUCCAACAACAUGUUCAUCGGUGCUGUGAACUCCGAGAACAACGAAGUCAAUAAAAUAAAAAAUCAGCUGACCGGUGAAUGGGGCGGAGUACCAGACGUGGCUCGUCAUUAUAAGAAAAAUGGAGUCCGAUGGUGUGCGGUUGGUGACGACAACUACGGUGAGGGUUCUUCUCGCGAACAUGCCGCUCUCGAACCUCGUCAUCUUGGUGGACGCGCCAUCAUCGUCAAAAGUUUUGCACGUAUCCACGAGACGAAUCUUAAAAAACAAGGAAUGCUCCCUCUCACUUUCGCCAAUCCCAGUGAUUACGACAAGGUGCAACCGACCAGUAAGAUCAGCCUUCUUGGGCUGAAGGACCUCGCGCCGGGCAAGCCCCUCAAGGCAGAGAUUAAGCACAAAGAUGGCAAAGUUGAUUCGAUCAUGCUUAACCACACGCUGAACGAGCAACAAAUCGGUUGGUUCAAAGCGGGCUCGGCUCUCAACAGAAUGAAGGAAAUUGCAUCUGGACAUUAGUUAAAGAAAUGAAGACUAAGAAUUGAACUAAAAUUCAGGACUAAAAGUGCCAGUCCUUGGGCUGCUUGUUCCGAGAGAAGAAGCCAAAAAUAUUAUACGUUCAUUGGCGAGCCAAGUGGUUGCGAGAGAUCUACAUUCGUCAAUCACGUGGAAAAUCGUCUCAAGAUCAUGAGCUCGUUUGUCACAAGACCUUGUUAAAAAACCGCCAUCGCGAUAUAGUUGACAAUAUUUAAAUUUUCCCCUCUAGAGUGUAGCUAUUAGACACUUCAAUUAACAGCAUCCAUGUUGCCAAUGCUUCGAAGAAAUAACAGAAACGUAUCGGGGGGAACAAGUGUGGAACAUGGAAAAAACGACAAGUAUGUCAUAUAUAUAUAUAUAAAAAAAUAUAUAUAUUUAGUGAUAAUAUCUUCGCGAGAUGCACAGGACUAUGAACCGUUUCGAGUGGGGAUGUUUUAUAGAGAAAUAAUUAUUAUAAUUAUGAAAAUUAAAAGAAACAAAAUACGUUUAUGUAUUUAA